UGUUGAUGUUGAAAUGGAGGCACAAGAGGCAAAUCCAUUUUCUGAUCCUUUCUAUGACUCCUCAGAAUGGCAAGGCAUGACAGGUCUGCAUCUGGUCAAGCUGGGCAGAGACCGCCAGCGCAUGGACCUGCAAAGAGACUUCACGGUGGCCUCUCCCGCCGAGUUUGUCACACGCUUUGGAGGCAACAAAGUCAUUGAAAAGGUGCUCAUUGCCAACAAUGGGAUUGCGGCCGUGAAGUGCAUGCGUUCAAUCCGUCGAUGGUCCUAUGAAAUGUUCCGGAAUGAGCGUGCCAUCCGAUUUGUUGUCAUGGUUACCCCGGAGGAUCUGAAGGCUAACGCUGAAUACAUCAGGAUGGCUGACCACUAUGUGCCCGUGCCUGGAGGGGCCAAUAAUAAUAAUUAUGCCAAUGUGGAGCUCAUUUUGGACAUAGCGAAGCGUAUACCAGUCCAGGCUGUAUGGGCUGGCUGGGGUCACGCCUCCGAGAAUCCUAAACUUCCAGAGCUGCUCAGCAAGAAUGACAUUGCCUUCAUGGGUCCUCCCAGUCAGGCCAUGUGGGCACUGGGAGAUAAGAUUGCUUCAUCCAUAGUGGCACAGACUGCUGGCAUCCCGACUCUCCCAUGGAGUGGAACAGGUUUAACCGUGGAGUGGUCGGAGAGUGACCAGAAGAACAAGGUCAUCACUGUGCCGUCUGAUCUCUAUGAGCAGGCAUGUGUCCCGGACGUGGAAGAAGGCUUGAAGGCAGCAGAGAAAGUCGGCUACCCUGUUAUGGUGAAGGCGUCCGAAGGGGGUGGAGGCAAGGGUAUCCGCAAGGUCAACAGUGCCGAGGACUUCCCUAACCUCUACAGACAGGUCCAGACCGAGGUCCCUGGUUCGCCCAUCUUUGUCAUGCAGUUGGCCAAACAGUCUCGCCAUCUGGAGGUGCAGCUUUUGGCAGAUCAGUAUGGCAACGCCAUCUCGCUCUUCGGCCGUGACUGCUCUGUGCAACGGCGACACCAGAAGAUCAUAGAGGAGGCUCCGGCCACCAUCGCUACAUCAGAUGUUUUUGAACAAAUGGAGAAGUGUGCUGUGACAUUGGCCAAGAUGGUGGGGUACGUAAGUGCAGGCACAGUGGAGUACCUCUACGGCCAAGACGGCAGCUUUCACUUCCUGGAGCUCAACCCCCGCCUGCAGGUGGAGCACCCCUGCACCGAGAUGGUCGCCGAUGUCAACUUGCCCGCUGCCCAGCUUCAGAUUGCCAUGGGCAUUCCCCUGAAUCGAAUCAAGGACAUCCGCAUGAUGUACGGGGCACAGCCUUGGGGAGACUCGCCCGUCGACUUUGAAGGCUUGUCCUCGCUACCCUGUCCCCGUGGCCAUGUCAUUGCCACUCGCAUCACCAGCGAGAACCCAGACGAGGGGUUCAAGCCCAGCUCAGGGACGGUCCAGGAGCUGAACUUCCGCAGCAGUAAGAACGUGUGGGGCUACUUCAGUGUGGCGGCCACUGGGGGGCUGCAUGAGUUUGCUGACUCGCAGUUCGGCCACUGCUUCUCCUGGGGAGAGAAUCGAGAAGAGGCCAUCUCGAACAUGGUGGUGGCUCUGAAGGAGCUAUCUAUCCGUGGAGACUUCCGAACUACUGUGGAAUACCUCAUCAAACUACUGGAGACUGACAGCUUCCAGCACAAUCGAAUAGACACGGGCUGGCUGGACAGGCUCAUCUCUGAGAAGAUGCAGGCUGAGCGUCCUGACACCAUGCUGGGCGUGGUGAGUGGGGCGCUCCACGUGGCUGACUCCAGCCUGAAGAACAGCGUCUCGGCCUUCCUACAUUCACUGGAAAGGGGUCAGGUUCUGCCCGCACACACGCUGUUGAACACAGUGGACGUGGAGCUGAUCUACGAGGGCUCCAAGUAUGUGCUGAAGGUGACGCGCCAGUCGUCCAGCUCCUACGUGGUGCUGAUGAACGGCUCGUGCUCCGAGGUGGACGUGCACCGGCUUAGUGACGGAGGCCUGCUGCUCUCCUACGACGGGUCCAGCUACACCACCUACAUGAAGGAAGAGGUGGACAGGUACCGCAUCACCAUUGAUAACAAGACGUGUGUGUUCGAGAAGGAGAAUGACCCGACGCUGCUGCGCUCGCCCUCCGCUGGGAAACUCUGCAAGUACAUGGUGGAGGAUGGAGGCCACAUCAACACUGGACAGUGCUACGCUGAGAUCGAGGUGAUGAAGAUGGUCAUGUCCCUGAACACUACUGACCCCGGCCACAUCUACUAUGUCAAACGAGCUGGCGCCGUGCUGGAGCCGGGCUGUAUCAUCGCCCGACUGCAACUGGACGACCCCAGCCGGGUUCAACGGGCGGAGCUCUUCACGGGGACUCUCCCUCAGAUCCAGUCGGCAGCCCUGCAGGGGGAGAAGCUGCACCGGGUCUUCCACCAUACGCUAGACCACCUCUCCCACAUCAUGAACGGCUUCUGCCUGCCCGAGCCUUUCUUCAGCAUCAGGCUGCGUGAGUGGGUGGAGCGUCUGAUGCGGCUGCUGCGCGACCCCUCGCUCCCGCUGCUGGAGCUGCAGGACAUCAUGACCAGCGUGUCGGGCCGCGUGCCCCCCGCCGUGGAGAAGGCCAUACGCAGGGAGUUGGCGCAGUACGCCAGCAACAUCACCUCUGUCCUCUGCCAAUUCCCCAGCCAGCAGAUCGCCAAUAUUCUUGACAGCCACGCUGCCACCCUGAACAGGAAGUCCGAGCGCGAGGUCUUCUUCAUGAACACACAGAGCAUUGUACAGCUGGUGCAGAAAUAUCGCAGUGGGAUCCGUGGGCACAUGAAAGCAGUGGUUAUGGACCUUCUAAGGCAGUACCUGAGUGUGGAGGUCAAGUUUCAGAAUGGCAACUACGACAAGUGCGUGUUCACGCUACGGGAGGAGAACAAGGGUGACCUGGCCAAGGUGCUCAACCUCAUCUUCUCCCACGCGCAGGUGGCCAAGAAGAACCUGCUGGUCACCAUGCUCAUCGACCAGCUCUGUGGCAGAGACCCCAUACUGACCGAUGAGCUGGUGGCCAUCCUGACGGAACUCACACAACUCAGCAAGACCAUCAAUGCCAAAGUGGCCCUGCGCUCACGACAGGUGCUGAUUGCCUCGCACUUGCCCUCCUACGAGCUCCGGCACAACCAGGUGGAGUCCAUCUUCCUGUCGGCGAUCGACAUGUACGGACACCAGUUCUGCAUUGAGAACCUGCAGAAACUGAUUCUGUCAGAGACCUCCAUAUUCGAUGUGCUCCCCAAUUUCUUCUACCACAGCUAUCAAGUGGUGAGAAUGGCAGCCUUAGAGGUGUAUGUCCGCAGGGCUUACAUUGCCUAUGAGCUCAACUGUAUCCAGCACAAGCAGGAAGAUGAUGGCACCUGCAUCGUGCAGUUCCAGCUAAUGCUGCCUAGCACACACCCCAACAGGUCGAUCUUGCCCACGGCCAGCAUGAGUGACCUGGUGCUGGAGUCCUUCAGGCCGCCCUGUCAGCGCCGCGGAGCCAUGGUGGCCUUCGGCUCCUUCCAGGACUUCAACAGGAACAUCGAGGAGGUGCUGAGGAGCGUGUCCAACUUUCCACCCUCCAGCCCCACCUACACGGACGGAGUGAAACUGGGUCUGUACGAAGAGGACGAAGGCAAGAGUGGCCCGGACGAGCCCAUCCAGAUCCUUAAUGUGGCCAUUAAGACGGAGGGCAACAUCGACGACAGCCGCCUGGCCUCCAUGUUCCACGAGUUCACCCAGUCCAAGAAAGCUCUGCUAGUGAAACAUGGCAUCCGCAGACUGACACUCCUGGUGGCACAGAAGGACUGCAGACACCAGAUGAGCUUUGAGGUGAACCAGAGGUUCCAUCGAGAGUUCCCCAAGUUCUUCACCUUCCGCUCCAGAGAUGACUUUGAAGAGGAUCGUAUCUACAGACACCUGGAGCCAGCCCUGGCCUUCCAGCUGGAGCUCAACCGCAUGCGCAACUUCGCCCUGACCGCCAUCCCCUGUGCCAACCACAAGAUGCACCUGUACCUGGGCGCCGCCCGCGUAGAGCAGGGCGCCGAGGUGACGGACUAUCGCUUCUUCGUGCGUGCCAUCAUCCGCCACUCUGACCUGGUCACUAAGGAGGCCUCGUUUGAGUACCUGCAGAACGAGGGGGAGCGGCUACUGCUGGAGGCCAUGGACGAGCUGGAGGUGGCCUUCAGCAACACCACCGUCCGCACCGACUGCAACCACAUCUUCCUCAACUUCGUCCCCACCGUCAUCAUGGACCCCUCCAAGAUAAAAGAGGCGGUGCGUCUGAUGGUGAUGCGGUACGGCAGCAGGCUUUGGCGUCUGCGUGUCCUGCAGGCCGAGCUGAAGAUCAACAUCCGCCUCACGCCCUCUGGCGACACCGUCCCCAUCCGCAUCUUCCUCACCAAUGAGUCUGGCUACUACCUGGACAUCAGCCUCUACAAGGAGGUCACAGCCACCUGCACAGACCAGGAAGGCCACAAAGACCCCCAGGUCAUGUUCCAGGCAUACGGGGACAAGCAGGGCCCGCUGCACGGCAUGCUCAUCAACACGCCCUACGUCACCAAAGACCUGCUGCAGUCCAAACGCUUCCAGGCCCAGACACUAGGCACCACCUACGUCUACGACUUCCCCGAGAUGUUCAGACAGGCCCUGCUGAAGCUGUGGAGCUCCAUGAAGGCCCAGGCCAUUCUCCCAGAAUGCCCGGUUCCCUCCGAAGUGCUGACCUUCACAGAGCUGGUGCUGGACGCCCAGGGCCAGAUACAGCAGCUGAACCGCCUGCCGGGAGGCAACGAGAUUGGCAUGGUGGCCUGGCUGAUGACCCUCCGCUCCCCCGAGUACCCACUGGGCCGCGAGGUGGUGGUCAUCUGCAACGACAUCACGCACCGCAUCGGCUCGUUCGGGCCCCAGGAGGACGUGCUGUUCCAGCAGGCGUCGGCCCUGGCACGCCAGCGUGGCGUACCGCGCCUCUACAUCUCCGCCAACAGCGGUGCCCGCAUCGGCCUGGCCGAGGAGAUCCGCCAGAUGUUCCAGGUGGCCUGGCAAGACCCCAGUGACCCCUACAAGGGCUUCAGGUACCUGUAUCUCACCCCCCAGGACUACAAGAAGGUGUCGGCACUGAACUCGGUGCACUGUGAGCACGUGGAGGACGAGGGCGAGUCAAGGUACAAGAUCACAGACAUCAUCGGCAAGGAGGACGGCCUGGGCGUGGAGAACCUGCGGGGUUCCGGAAUGAUCGCCGGCGAGUCCUCACUGGCCUACGAGGAGGUCAUCACCAUGAACCUGGUGACGUGUCGGGCCAUUGGUAUCGGUGCGUACGUGGUACGGCUGGGUCAGAGGACCAUCCAGGUGGAGAACUCCCACAUUAUCCUCACCGGGGCCGGUGCUCUCAACAAGGUGCUGGGAAGGGAAGUGUACACCUCCAACAACCAGCUGGGAGGAGUGCAGAUCAUGCACAACAAUGGAGUGACCCACAGCACGGUGUGCGAUGACUUUGAGGGAGUCUACUCACUUCUACAGUGGCUGUCCUACAUGCCCAAGUGCGUCUCAAGCCCUGUGCCAAUACUACAUGCCAAGGACCCCAUCGACCGUCCGGUGGAAUUUGUGCCUACGAAGGCACCCUACGACCCUCGCUGGAUGCUGGCAGGACGCCCUGGUCAAGGUGCCAGAGGCCAGUGGCAGAGUGGUUUCUUUGACCACGGCUCGUUCCAGGAGAUCAUGCAGCCCUGGGCACAGACAGUGGUGGUGGGUCGAGCAAGGCUCGGAGGCAUCCCCACAGGAGUGGUCGCUGUGGAAACCAGAUGUGUGGAGCUGUCGGUCCCUGCGGACCCUGCAAACCUGGACUCAGAGGCCAAGAUAAUCCAGCAGGCGGGCCAGGUGUGGUUCCCUGACUCGGCCUUCAAAACAGCACAGGCCAUCAAGGACCUGAACCGAGAAGGUCUGGCGCUCAUGGUCUUCGCCAACUGGAGGGGUUUCUCUGGCGGCAUGAAAGACAUGUAUGACCAGGUGCUGAAGUUCGGGGCCUACAUAGUGGACGGCCUGAGGGAGUACCGGCAGCCGGUGCUGGUCUACAUUCCCCCGCAGGCCGAGCUGAGGGGCGGCUCCUGGGUGGUGAUUGACCCCACCAUCAAUCCCGAGCACAUGGAGAUGUACGCCGAUGUGGAAAGCCGUGGCGGUGUUCUGGAGCCAGAGGGCACAGUGGAGAUUAAGUUCCGUAAGAAGGACCUGGUGAAGACCAUGAUGCGUGUGGACCAUCCGUACAAGAGUUUGAAGGAGCAGCUGGGCGCCCCGGACCUUAGCGACCAACAGCGCAAGGACUUGGAGAGCGCCCUGAAAGAGCGCGAGGACUUCCUGUUACCUAUCUACCACCAGGUGGCGGUGCAGUUCGCCGACCUCCAUGACACGCCUGGCCGCAUGCAGGAGAAAGGCGUUAUCACGGACAUCCUGGAGUGGCAGAGCUCACGGCAGUUCUUCUACUGGCGUCUGCGGCGGCUGCUGCUGGAGUCCGAGGUGAAGCGGCGGAUCCGGGAGGAAGGUGGCGGCGAGCUGACCGACGGCCAGAUGCAGGCCAUGCUGCGCCGCUGGUUCGUGGAGGCCGAGGGUGCCGUACAGGCCUACCUGUGGGACAGUAAUAAGGAUGUGGUGGAGUGGCUUGAGAAGCAGCAAGCAGCUGCGGAGGAGGAGGGCGGCAAAUCGGUCAUCGAGGAGAACAUCAAGUACAUCCGGCGGGACGGCCUCCUCAAGCAGCUACACAGUCUGGUGGAAGGGAACCCUGAGGUGGCCGCGGACUCCAUCGUGCACCUGGCCCAGCACAUGUCCGCCUCCCAGAGGGCCGAGGUGCUGCGCAUCCUCUCCACCGUCGACUCUGCCGCUGCCACCUCGUAGUGCCAGAUGGCUCUGAGCGCCCUAGCCCACCCGGACCGGAGCGCAUUGCACACCAGAAUCAACUGGACCCCACUAAGACCACUUGACCACUGGCUCACCAAUCCGCACGCUGGCCUCUGGCAUGACCAACAAUACCUGAGACUGCUGCUGACAAAGACAAGCACAAGCACAAUCACUCACUAACAGAAAGCCAUCUCAGGAAAGCCAAGGACUCUGAAAAAAAAAACUCCCAAGUGCAAUUAUUAAUGCAGUACAAAAAUGCCAAAGAUCAUUAUUACUGGCAAAAGUAUGGGUUUAGAAAAGAUUGAAAUGGAAAGAAAUGUAUUUUACUGUAAUGUUUAAAUGGAAGCACUUUGAAAAAAAAUCCUUGACCAAUGAUGUUGCCUGAGCCACAUGGAGGCACGUUACAACCUCCUCUGUCAGCUUUGGAAAGUUCUAGAUGCAUUUCUCGGAACUUUAAACGGAGAGGAUAAAGAGGAUCGCCUUUCAUUUCGCUUCCCCCCCCCCCACCCCUCUCUCUGUUAUUGACACUCAGUAGCAAUCUGGACAUCAGUAAGUGCAGUGUAUUGAUUGAGGUGUGUGUGUACGUGUGUGUGCAUGUACGUGUAUGUUUGUGUGGAUUGGGAGAUUAAAACGCCCUCAGAAGGAGCGCUUAAUUGAUGAUCAAACGGGGCAGGUGUAAAUAGCUGUUGUGUGUGUGUCUGGCUGUAGGAACAGGGGUGUGAGGUGUAUGUGGAGGGAGGGGGGGUGGUUCAAAGCCCUGUGGAGGGGCUCGAGAGGCCCCCACAUUCAGCACCGACUCCUUUCAUACUGACCCCGGGGCCAGCCACACACACACACACACACACACACACACACUCACACACACACACACAAGCCGUGUCACACA